GGUUUGUUUCACUCCCACAUUUUUAGGGUUACGAAGUGGAACACGAAGGAAAGGGAGAGAGAGCGAGAGAGGGGAGAAGGCAAAGGCAAAGCUAACUCAAUGAAUGAGUUAGGGUUUGGUCCUUCGUUGCCGAGAUCGAGUAGUACUCAUCGCUUCGUCCCGUCCCAUGGUGCCUUUGAGUUCAGGGUUGAUCGUGACGAGGUGGAGUGCAGUGGAGUGGAGUUUAGGGUUGCGUCGGUGCGGAGGUGAAGUGCUCAUCGGCAUUGAGAAGAAGUGGAGAAGUGGAGAAGUUUAAUCUAGAAGAGCUUGAGGGAGGAGGAGGAGAAGGGUGGAGGAGGAGGAGGGAUCAUGGCGGUGGUGGCGUCAGCGAGCGGCCUGCUGGCCAUGCUGCAAGAGCAGCACCCGACGUUGAAAUUGCACGCUCUGCGUAACUUGAACGUGUUGGUGGACAAUUUCUGGCCAGAGAUAUCGACCAACAUCUCCGCGAUUGAGUCGUUGUAUGAAGACGAGACGUUCCAUGAGCGUCAGAUGGCCGCGCUCGUCGCGUCGAAGGUGUUCUACUAUCUGGGAGAACUGAAUGAUUCCUUGACGUAUGCGUUGGGAGCCGGGUCGUUGUUCGAUGUGACGGAGGACACGGAGUAUGUCCAGACACUAGUCGCGAAAUGUGUCAAUGAGUAUAUAUCGUUGAGCGUGAAGUUGGCGGAAUCGAAUGAUUCGGAGACGACGGAAAUGGAUCCCCGGUUGGUGGCAAUUGUGGAGCGGAUGUUGGAUAAGUGUAUGCAGGAGGGGAAGUUCCAGCAGGCUGUCGGUAUUUCACUAGAGUGUAGGCGACUCGAUAAGCUAGAGGAAGCGAUUAACAGGAGCGAAAACGCUGCGUCGAUGCUGUCUUAUUGCCUUCGCUUGUCGCAGACUUUUGUAAGUAGGCGUGAGUUUCGACAUGAGGUUUUGAGACUUUUGGUUAAAGGCUAUCAAAAUUUUCCACAGCCGGACUAUUUGAGUAUAUGUCAGUGCCUCAUGUUCUUGGAUGAGCCAGGUAAGGUGGCUGACAUUUUGGACAAACUUUUGAAAGGGGAUAAAAACGAAGCACUAUUAGCAUACCAGGUAGCGUUUGACUUAUUUGAAAAUGAGUAUCAGAAAUUUCUUCUGAAUGUUAGGGAUCUCCUGCCGGAACCAUCUAGCGCUGCAAGCACAACUGGUAUUCUUGCUACAAAUGGAAGAUUGAAUCAGGGAAGUCGUAACGAGAACGGUAUUAGUGCAUUGACCGAUGCCGGGCCUACGGCAAUGGAUUCUGACCUGACGGAGCCACUGUUAGCGAGGCAUGAUGAAGAAGUAGCCACAGAUGCUGCUGCUGCUGCAGCAUCACCGGCAGCGCAGGCGGAAUCGAGAACGCCUUAUGCCGAGAGGUUAGCUAAGUUGAAGGGUAUCCUGUCUGGAGAGACCCCCAUUAGCUUGACUUUGCAGUUCCUUUACAGUCAUAAUAGGUCAGACCUUUUGAUACUGAAGACUAUUAAACAAUCCGUAGAGAUGCGGAACAGUGUUUGCCAUAGUGCAACCAUUUACUCAAAUGCCCUCAUGCAUGCGGGUACCACAGUGGAUACAUUCUUACGAGAGAAUUUGGACUGGCUGAAGAGAGCUACAAACUGGGCAAAGUUCAGUGCGACAGCAGGGCUAGGUGUUAUUCAUCGGGGUCACCAUCAACAAGGAAGAUCUUUGAUGGCCCCUUACUUACCACAGAAUGGAGGAACUGGCGGUGGAAGUCCAUAUUCUGAGGGAGGAGCCCUAUAUGCUCUUGGGUUGAUCCAUGCCAAUCAUGGUGAAGGCAUCAAACAGUUUCUUUUGGAGAGCUUACGGAACACUAGCAAUGAGGUCAUUCAACACGGGGCUUGUCUAGGGUUGGGAUUGGCUGCUCUUGGCACUGCAGAUGAGGAGAUUUACGAGGAUGUGAAAAAUGUCCUGUAUACCGAUAGUGCUGUAGCAGGAGAGGCAGCCGGUAUAGCCAUGGGGCUAUUGAUGGUUGGUACAGCCAGUGAAAAGGCCGCUGAGAUGUUGGCUUAUGCUCAUGACACGCAGCACGAGAAGAUUAUCCGUGGUCUGGCCCUCGGUAUUGCACUGGUUGUAUACGGUCGUGAGGAGGAAGCAGACACUCUAAUUGAGCAAAUGACUAGGGACCAGGAUCCGAUAUUGCGAUAUGGAGGUAUGUACGCUCUGGCCAUGGCGUAUCGCGGUACUGCAAAUAACAGUGCCAUCCGACGGCUGCUGCACUUUGCAGUCUCGGAUGUUAGUGACGACGUGAGGAGGACUGCGGUGUUGGCAUUAGGGUUUGUACUCUGUUCUGAGCCGGAGCAGACCCCUCGAAUCGUGUCCUUGCUCUCGGAGUCUUACAACGCACAUGUGAGAUAUGGGGCAGCAAUGGCUGUAGGUAUCUCGUGCGCUGGUUCAGGAUCUAGUGAAGCAAUUUCCUUGCUGGAGCCUCUUACAUCUGAUGCAGUAGAUUUCGUUCGUCAAGGAGCUCUUAUAGCUAUGGCAAUGGUUCUUCUACAGACAACAGAGGCUCGGGAGCCUCGUGUGGCUAGUUUCAGAAGACUACUUGAGAAAAUUAUAAAUGAUAAGCAUGAGGAGACAAUGAGUAAGAUGGGAGCCAUUCUUGCUCAAGGAAUUUUAGAUGCAGGAGGUCGGAACGUUGCCAUUAUGCUGCAAUCUCGAACUGGACAUGAUCGUGUUACAGCUGUUGUGGGAAUGGCUGUCUUCAGCCAGUUUUGGUAUUGGUAUCCGCUGAUUUAUUUCAUCAGUUUAUCGUUUGCCCCUACUGCUUUCAUCGGUCUGAAUGAAGAACUUAGAAUGCCCAAGUUUGACUUCAUCUCAGAUACCAAGCCAUCCUUGUUUGGAUACCCUCCUUCAGUGGUUCCUCCUGCCGCUACUUCUGCUGUGAAGCUGCCGACUGCUGUCUUGUCUACUUCCAAUCGGGCUAAAGUCAGGGGUGCAAAGAAAGAAUCAGAGAAUAAGUCAGGUAAAGCUCCUGUCCAGGAAGGUGGUGCCACUGCAUCUUCUACGAAUGCUGAAGGGUCAGGGGAUGGUGACAAAGAGUCCACUUCUACAAUGAAAGAUAAGAAUGCAAUGGACAUAGAAGGAGGAGUGGAGAAAAAGGCAGUUGUAGAACCCUCGUCGGAAGUGCUUAGUAACCCUGCACGUGUUGUGCCUGCACAAGAAAAAUAUAUCAAAUUCAAAGAAGACUCAAGAUAUGCACCUCUAAAGUUGAAGCGAGCUCCUUCGGGUUUUGUGAUGUUGAGAGAUAUGACACCCUCAGAACCGGUGGAGUUGGUAUCAACAGACACGCCAGUGUCCGCUGGUGGUGCUUCAGCAGCAGCAGCUGCUACUGCUGCUGCUGCACCCAUGGCUGUAGACGACAAUGAACCUCCUCCUCCUGAACCCUUCGAGUAUGUACCUUGAACAUGAGACGUUUUCGCUCUAGUUGAUGCAUGUCCGCUCUUUUCGCGCAUGCGUACAGAGAAUGUGUUUCAAAUGUUUAUACACCAGCAUAUUCUUUUUCUGCUGAUCUAAUCACACAGAUUUUGUCUCUGGUUGUUUUGUUAAUGUCAGUUGUAAUCAAAACAUAGUAUUUCAACAUCUUGUAAGAUCUAGUUUUCUUUUGAGUUUAUCGUGAAGAUCAAGGAAUAGAGUUUUCUACUCUAGGAAGUCUCCGUAGUGUGUUGACUUGGAUAUACGUAGGUCCACUGACGAGGUGACCAGUAAUGUUCUUUUGUCAACUGAAUGUGUGGCAAGUCGUCUCUCUAGGGUGCAGAUUUGAUGUAGUAAAGUAUCUGUACUCGCCUCAUGUCGAGUGCUCAUGGUAUUCUAUGGUUUACCGGGAUGUUUUGCUAGUACCUCGGCGAUUUUGGGUGUUGGUCCCGACUCUUCAAUUUUUGCACGGGUUUUGUGAAGAGUUAGCAUUGGGUUUUAUAGAUUUCCAUGUGUUUCAUUACAUUUUGUGACUUUUAGCCUGUGGGUGGCGUAGUGAGUGAUGCUGGCAACGUCAAUACUGCAGUUAAGUUUCUGAAUAGUGAUGCUUGCACGGUCUGGAGGUGAAGUUGAGUCGUGCCAAUUCUAGGAUUGGAUUGAUUUCCAUUCGGUUUCCUAGUAGAAUACUGUCAGUUGCGUGCAUGGAUUUGCAGAUCAUGGAGUUUGGUCGCUCAGUGACUGGGUUUUUGUAUUUUAGGAUUUGUGCUGGGAAUAAAAUCUGUUGCGUGACGAGA